CCGUCAUUACACGCAGGAAAGCAGGGAUGUGUUUUCGGUACGAAUCGUUCUUUCGACUUAUCGUUCACUUAGAAGAUUUGUUUCACAAAGAGACUUUCACAAAAAGACGGCACAUUUUCCACACCGAUCCAAAUUGAGCAGGAUCUGUGACAGUGACACAUGGAUCGAUUCGCGGUCAGGAUGAGGCUCCGCCUGCUUAGCGGGGACUUUAGCUGCCACUUUAUGUAACGUUAGUGCUGCUAACGUUGAUGUAAGUUACUCGUUCAGCUGACCCUGGACAACGUCGGGUUUGAAGUAUAUUCCUAAUUGGAACUGGCUGGCUGUUUUCACAAUGGGAAAUUCAAGCGGGCACAACAACACUAUGAGUAUCCCACCAGGAAAAGGACCCCACCAGGUCGGAUGCACAGACCUGAUGGUGGGCCACACAGUCCAUGGUACGUUCUUGAGACUCUACUAUCCGUGCCAAGCAUCCAAGAAUCAUCAGCUGCCAGACUGGGUCCCAUGCAGGGAGUAUUUUAAUGGCCUCGCAGACUUUAUGAAGAUGAACAGAGCACUCAGUGAAAGAAUUUUUAACUACCUCUUUGGGUCUUGUAAAAUCCCAGCAGCCUGGAAUGCGUCGUUUAAACCGGAUGGCAAGUAUCCUGUUAUUAUUUUCUCUCAUGGACUGGGAGCUUUCAGGACAUUGUAUUCGGCCAUAUGUGUUGAAUUGGCAUCACAGGGCUUCAUUGUUGCAGCAGUGGAGCACAGGGAUGAAUCUUCUUCUGCAACUUUUUACUUCAGAGAGCAUGCUGAGCCAGGAACAAGAAAGCAUCCAUCAUGUGACAUAGCCAAGCCUGUGUCUGAUAAUCUGGAGGAGGUUUGGAUGUACUACAGGCCGUUGAAACCAGGCGAGAAUGAGUUUCCUCUAAGAAACAAGCAAGUAAAGCAAAGAGCAGACGAAUGCAUCAGAGCCUUAGAUAUUCUAUUUGACAUCAAUUCAGGAAAGUCUGUGGAGAACGUCUUACAGUGUGACUUUGAUUUGUCAACAAUGGAGAACUCCAUGGACUUGUGUAGGAUAGCCAUUAUGGGACAUUCCUUUGGAGGCGCAACGGUGAUCGAAUGUUUGUGCAAGGACGUCAAAUUCAAGUGUGGUGUGGCACUGGACACCUGGAUGUUUCCUCUGGACGAGGAGAUCUUCCCAGGAGUGAAGCAGCCAAUCUUUUUUAUAAACUCUGAAAAAUUCCAGUGGAUUGGGAAUAUCAUCCGCAUGAAGAAGCUGGACUCUGCUAUCUUUCCUAGAAAAAUGAUAACCAUCAAAGGGACGGUCCAUCAGAGCUUCCCAGAUUUCACAUUUCUUACUGGGAACUGGAUUGGAAGGCUCAUGAAGCUAAAAGGAGAUAUAGAUCCACACAUAGCCUUGGAUCUUUCCAACAAAGCAACUUUGGCUUUCCUUCAGCGCCACUUAAAUAUGGACAGAGACUUUAAUCAGUGGGAUCCAUUAAUGAUGGAAAAGAUGACAAUUUGA